UCCCCCUCAUUCUCCCGCGUUCUCCUCUCCUCUCCCUCUCCUCUCGAAAAGCGAAAAGUAGAAGAGGUUCCCCUUCGAAAAUGGCGGAUUCGAAGCUUCUUGUGGUUCUGAUUCUACUCUUCGUAUUGCUCUGUUGCGACCGAUGCGAUGCGGUGAUAGGCGACGUGAUUGAUACAGAGGCCUUGGAUUUGAAGCCAAAUCAGGAAAUAGAGAAGCUCAAAUCGAAGAUCGAAACCCUAGGUAUUAAAUACGAGAUAGGGGACGCGAUCGAUUCAGAAGCCUUGGAUUUGAAGCCAGAGCAGGAAAUCGAGAAGCUUAAAUCGAAGAUUGAAACUCUAGGUAUUAAAUACGAGAUAGGCGACGCGAUCGACUCAGAGGCCUUCGAUUUGAAGCCAAAACAGGAAAUCGAGAAGCUUAAAUCGAAGAUCGAAUCCCUAGAAUCCACUGCUUUGGAAAGAAUAAAUGAGCUCAAGAGAAAGAAUGAUCAAAUCAGGCAUUUGGAAGAUGCAAUUAAGGAGAAAUCAGCUUACAUUGGUUCGUUAAUCAGUGAGAUAGCGUUGCUUCAGGAGAAAGGAGUUAUGGAAGACGAGGAAGCGGUGCGAAAGGUGCACGCACACAAUGAAGAACUUCAGAACCGGAUUGCGAAGCUUCAAAGCGAAUUAGAGAUUAAAAGAAAGAGAAGAGAAGCUUUUGAGGUUCGGGGUAGUGAAGCAGAGAAGGAAGUAAAUAAAUUGAUCAGAAAAUUAGAAAAAGUUGAAAAGACAAAUGGUGAACAAAGGGCAAAAAUUCAUGAUAUUGAACAUUCUCUCCAAGUAGCAGAGAAGGAUUUAAUGGGAGCACAACGAGAAGCUAGAACAAAAGCAAAGGAGUUGACGGAGUUUUAUAGGGUGUGGUUACCACAUUGGCUGGUGAUGCAUGUAGUGUAUUUUCAGGAUCUUGCAUCAACUAGAUGGGAUAGACAUGGAAGACCUGCUAUUGAUUUUUGCCUGCAAAAGGUUGCUGAGAAAGCAGCCCAGUCAAGGAAAUGGAUGGAACCACACCUUAAUGCAGCUAAAACUGUAUGGAUCCCUACAAUCAGAGAUCACUGCAUGACCAUAGCAAAUUUUGCUGAGCACUAUGUUCGAAUGACAUCUGGUAAAACAGUUGAGGCAUACGGAGCCUGCAGAAGUACCAUUAACCAACAUAUUAUCAACUUAAAAGAAAAAAUAGAUCCAUUUGUGCAGGAAGCUAAGAAAUUAUCCGAGCCUCACAUCAACAAAAUUUCUACAAUCACUGGCCCUCAUGUUGCACAAGUCCACCUCGCCUUUGAGCCCUACAAGAAGCAUGUAGUUUUGUCUUUCCAGAAGUUCUUAGAAACAGCAAGUUCAUAUCGUCACCAGGUUCACAACGCUGUCCAGGAGAACCUGAAGAAGCAUGAAUUGACAAAACCUCUUGCAACUAAAAUGCUGGGGUGGUGCAUGGGCAUUGCUUUGUCUGCCUCGACUCUUUUAUGUCUAUACAAAAUAUUUUCUGUUAUUUACCGCAAAAGAAUAAGGAGAACUGGAAAAAUGAGUAGUCCGAACCAUCCAUCACGUAGGCACAAGCGCAGGCAUGUUGAUAAGAAGAAUGUUUAUGUGGAGGGCAUGUAAUCGAUUCGAAGCUACAGUACGAUAUAUACAAAUGCACGGCUGCGGAGCUUUGAAUGAGCCCUUUCAGGGAAUAUAAAGAACACACGUACAGUGAAUAGAUGCCUCCAUAAACUAACACGCCUUUGAAGUUAGAGAUGCACACUUGUUGUGCCUCUUUACGUUUCCGACUUCGUUGGCUUUGUUGAUUACUGUUUCACGGAUGAGUAGCUGUUUAUCUGCGUAUUUGCUGGGUUAGAACUGCAUGUAUUUUAUGUUUCUUUAGCGAGUUUUACUUAAAUUACUCAAAUUGGUGGCAGGUUUACGUGUCUGUAUCUUAGUUUGGUAAUGUGAUAAGUAGAGAGUAUCUAUUUUGACUAUUUAGAAGGUCUAAAAAUGUUGAAGUAUUUAUGCGUUUUUUCAAUUACGGUUGUUUUUGUAUAAGAAAAAAAUACCCCUUUGCUACGGCUGUUUGCUGAUCCAGAUAUGGCGGAUCACGAAUCACGUUUAUUGAGAUUUUCUUUUUCUAA